UAUUCAAAUUCAAUUCUUGUUUAGGUAUUUGAGGAAUCUGAAGAAGACUGCACACGCUAUGGAAAUGUGAAGAAAUCAGUUGAAAAGCAUAGCAGUAUAUGGAAAAGAUAUGUCUUACUACACAUCAGUGCUAACCAAACAAAUGCAAACACAACCCCAUCUCUAUUUCUAUUUCAUUUCUCACUUAUUCCUCCCCAUUGGCUUCACAUUUACUCUCAAGUCUCAACCGAACUCUACAGAGAGAGAGAGAGAGGAGAGGAGGAUUUGAAGAGUUUUUCAUAGAGCAGCCAUGGAAGGGAACAAGCCUGCAUUUUACAAGAUCUUGAUGGAGCUCUCUUCCCAUCUAAGGUUGCCUCGAGGCUUCACGGAGAAGCAUGGCAAAAUGUUGCCAAAAAAAGUUGAGCUGAGAAUACGCAGAAACACAUGGAAGGUGAGGGUGAAGAAAGAGAAUCUAGAAGGAGAGGAUCAUUACUUCUUCAAAAAAGGAUGGACAAAAUUCUGUGAAGACACCCAGCUUGAAAUCUUCGAGCUGCUCGUCUUUACUUACGUUGAGAAGUCCACACUCGAGGUCACCGUGUAUGCAGUGAGUGGUUUGGAGAAGUCCAUCUUCAUACCUCCACGCUGCAUCGUUGUGCUCAAGGACUACCGCUGCUAUAAAAUUCAUAUUCCGAAGAAAUUUGCUGUGGCUUGUGGCUUGUUCGACAAGGAGGAGAUAUCGUUAGAGUACGUGGGCGGCCACACUUCACGAGUGGCGUUGACUGUGUUUCAGGGGCGGAUAGCUUUUGGGGCGGGUUGGUCCACAUUCCUCAAAGCAAACCGGCUCUCAUACGACAUCGCUCUUAGUGGUUCUAAGAAGAUCCUCUGUUUCGAGUUCGUUCCCGCGAAGAAUCUGAUCAAGGUUCAGCCACUCCGCAAUUGAAUUCCAGUUGUAAUAGUUCUGAGGUUAAAUUGUAGUGAUAAGAUUAUGAGUAUGACUCUUUAAGUCUUAAAACUUAUGCUAAUAUUUCUUGUGUGGUGAUUGCAUUACAUUUGGUGAUGGCGAUUUCGUUUUGGUUUAUUUGAA